UUUUAUAAGGAAAUUUUACAUCUCACAAUUAAUAUGAUGCCAUGUCACUAUUUUCUAAAACUUUGUCAUCUAUUCUAAGUGUCAUGUCAUCAUUUUUUCAGCGAGAAUGAUUGUAGUGACUACAUGUGUAUAAAUCACUUCGCAAAUAUAGUUUAGGGGAUGUUUAGUUAAGAUGCAUUUAGAUAAAUUUAACGCUAAUUAUUUCUGAAAUAAAACAAAUUAGGAUUGGGAACAUGCCACACUUCCUCUUGCCCUAGAUCCGCCCAUAUAUGACGUUCACAAUACAUAUUUGAUUAGGUUUUUACAUGCCACAGGCCCACAGUGAUAUAUAUAUUUUCAAUUAUCAUGCCACAAGAUUUUUGCGUACGUCAAUCUUUUCAAAGUCAUUUAAGAGUAUUCAAGCGUUGUUGAUCCUUAUCUAAAUUCAGACUUGAACAGAGUAUUUUUCCAUCAUUUCUACAAACUAUAAUAGUCAUAUUCCACAAUGUUCAUUUUAAUAAUGAACUAUAUAUAAUCUUUGUAAAUUUCUUUGAAAUCUUGAAAUAGAGAGGUCAAAACAGCAGUUAGAUACAAUCUCUCAUGUUGUUAUUAUUUUAUUUUUUGUCAUCUCUCUUGUUACUAUUAUUAAGGGUGCAUUUGUUUUCUAAUAAUAAUUAUUAUUAAUUGAUUCUUUUGUUGCAUUUUUCUUUGAUUAUUACUUUUCGUCACAUUUUCUUAAUUCAAGUCGAUAGACAUUGUUGACUUUUUUUUUUUUUGAAAACAACAUUGUUGACUCUUCUUUCCCUAAGGAAACUUCUUUUCCGUGUUUGUUAAGUCACUAGUACCCCCGUUCUAGGUAACUUCUUUUUUGGGAGCGCGCGACUUUUUCUUCGUUAUAAAUAUUCAAAUAAAGAGACUCUCAAAAGAGAAAAUUUCCCUGUCUUCUGCAUUCAAUAUUAAGUUCAGAAAAAAAACUCUUCGGUCAUAGGGAACCAUUAUAGAUUCGAUGCAAAGUUUUGAUGCCUUGACCCACAAUCUUAGAGAGUAUUUCUUGGACAUGGGCUCGUUUCUUAAAGAUCAGAAGAUCAUUGCUUCCACAAUAAUCGAUGUAUGGUCUGAACUACACGGUAAAGAUAAUAUCAUCUGCAUGAAUUACCUUCAAGAGCUUGCCUCCCACAAUCUUCUUAAACUUCUUCCUCUUGGGAAAAAUAAGUAUGAAGAUGGAUUUUUCAAUGAGUUCUUGGUCAAACAAGACAACAUCUCAAGAGAAUUUGCCAUACAUCAAUGCGAAAAAGAGUCGUUAUCGAUCCUCCAAAGGAAAAGAUUAAACUUGGAUAUACAAGAGAACAAAUUUCCAAACUGGUGUUUAAAUCAAACACAGCCUGUUACUUUGAACGCCUCUUUACUCUCUAUCUCUACUGAUGAUUCAUUUACAUCAUGUUGGGUUGAAAUCCGUUGUCCAAAUGUUGAAAUUUUAGUUCUUAAUCUCUCUUCAUCAACUUAUGCAUUACCGAACUUCAUUGCUACGAUGGAGAAACUGAAAGUUGUGAUGAUCAUCAAUCAUGGUUUUGAACUUACAAAGUUGACCAAUUUGUCUUGUCUCAGCUUAUUACCAAACCUGAGACGGAUCAGAUUCGAGAAAGUUUCCAUCACUUUGCAUGACAUUCCCAAACUUCAGCUCAAAUGUCUUGAGAAGCUAUCUCUUUGGUUGUGUCGUUUUAAUGAUGCUCCCAACGAGUUAGAAGACUUAGAAGUUGAUGUUACUGAAACCCUACAGAGCUUACAAGAAAUCGAAAUAGAUUAUUGUUAUAAUCUUAUUGAAUUACCACAUUGGGUAUCUCAAGUGGUUUCACUUAAGAAACUUAGCAUCACGAACUGUAACAAGCUAUGUAGACUCUUAGAAGGUAUAUGCAGCUUAAGGAACCUUGAAAUGCUGAGAGUCAUUUCUUGUAGUAAUCUCUUCGAGCUUCCUAAAACAAGCGAGAGACUCAACAAUUUGCGGUUGCUAGAUGUUUCUGGAUGCUUCCAAUUGAAAAAGUUGCCUCUAGAGAUUGGGAAGCUGCAGAAACUAAAUAAGAUUUUAAUGAGAAAUUGUUAUCGAUGCGAGUUGCCGGAUUCAGUUAAGAACCUAGAGAAUUUAGAGGUAAGAUGUGACGAAGGGACAGUAUUCUUGUGGGAAAGAUUCAAACAAAAGAUGAAGAAUCUGACAAUCAUAGAAGAAGAAACAGAACAUAACCUCAACUUGCUUCAACUGCUCUAAUGUAAGUUUUGCUUGUGUGUGAUAUUUUGCAAGUUUGUAAAAUUGGGAAGUAUAUGAAUACAGACAAGAUAUUUUACAUUUGGAAGUAUAUGACUA